AUGGCUUAUAAAUACAGCGGAAAAACUAUGAACAACAAGCAGAAGAACAUGACUAGAACUUCAAUCAUCAUUACUCUCGUGUGCGUAGCUGUUAGUACAGCUUUUGAUGCGCGUUACAAAUCCGCCUAUCAGAAUAAUGCUAAUUAUCCAACAUUCAUGCAGUAUCGUAAUGCAAGGUUCGAUGGAAAAACUUCCUGGACAUCAAAAAUAUGUGUUAAUAAGACAGUAGCACAAGAAUUUCUGUCGGAAACGCAAAAGAUGAUUGCUACUCUCGAAGCAGAUCAUGAUUACGACCGUGUUCUUCAGAAUCGUGCGACAGUGAUCGCCUAUCUAAAAGACACUGCCAAUGCCAAUACUCUUUCAUCGAAUUGUACGGAAUACUUUAAUGGUUUUAAAAAUGCUCAAAAAGUGGAUCAACAACUCCUUAGCCAACAAAUGAAAUUCGAAGCAAACCUACGCAGUCUUUUCCAGAAGGUUCUUGCACCAUUAGUCGGCGUUGGCGCUCCUCUUUACGUGGAUUUUUAG